AUGACUAUAGAAACUAUAUAUGUGGCUAGACAUGGCUACAGAGCGAAUUGGCUCCCACCUCCGCAUCCCCCUAAUCCAACUGGUAUUGAUAGUGAUCCACCUUUAGCAGCUCAUGGUGUUGAACAAGCAAAGCAAUUGGCAGAAUAUAUCAAUUCAUUUCCAGAAGAAGAGAAGCCAGGGUUUAUAUUAAGUUCGCCAUUUUACCGAUGUGUUCAAACAACUGAACCAAUUUCAGACGCUUUAUCUGUAAAAGUGGGAAUAGAUAGAGGUGUUGGAGAAUGGUAUAAGAAGCAAAGAGGAAUUAUCCCUGAACCUGCUAAUUACGAUACAUUGUCAAAAUUUUUUCAUUGCCUUGCUGAUUCGUCAUAUUGGGAUAGAGAUAGAACAGUUGGGGUUGUGCCAAAUGAGUCCGGUGAGACAGAAGAAGAUAUAUAUAAUCGUGCUUCUGAAUUUUGGAAAACAUUCAUCCCGACAUUCGAAGAGAGGUUUCCUAAUGUCAAAAAUAUCCUCAUUGUCACACAUGCUGCAACUAAAAUUGCUUUGGGAAUUACUUUAUUGAAGCGGAAGAGCGUAUAUGACACCUUAGAUGACCAGGGCUCACUCUUGAGAGCUGGCGCUUGCUCACUAGAUAAAUAUGUGAAGAAAGAUAACAGAUGGAUCAUCACCAUGAAUGGAAAUUGUGACUUUUUAAAAGAUGGUGAAGAAAUGAACUGGGACUUUCACUCUAAAUUUGAAGCAGGCUCUGAUGAGGAUAUCAAAGCACGUAAAGAAGCAGCUGAAAAGAAAGAAAUAGACCAUGUUUCCAAGGAUUUUUUUGUCACCAUUGAUAUCCCAGUGGCAGCAAAGAGUCAAAAUUUCGAGGACUCAAAUAAUUUUGAGUCUACCAUAAGUAAAAUCAAUCUAAUACGUCCUUCCUCCCAAUUUCAAAUCACAGAUAUAAAUAAUGAAUCACCUCUUGUGAAAAUAUCAAAUAGAAACCUCACACUUACUGCGGAGUCAAACACUAACGAUAUUGUCAAUAAUCUCGGAGUAAUAGAUGGGAAAAUUUUUGAAACCAAUUGGAAAAGAUUAGUUGGAACUGACUUGAUAUUCGAUGAUUACGGAGAAUUUAUAGGAAAAGUUCAAGAGCAUCUAACUUGUAACGAAAGUACUAAAAUUUUGCCUAAAGAGAAUGAGAAAGCAUCGGCUGUAGAAGAAUUAGAGCCUUCAACUAGGGAUAUAAAGGAGGAAAAGACUACAUUCUUGAAAAAAGCAAUUAAUUAUGCCAAACUGAAGAAUUCCGAUGUGGACGACAAAUGA